UGCGUUCGUCACUGAAGCCUGCCCUCUGAUUGGCUGGGACGCGCCUCCCUAAACCGCACAGCGCCGGCUGUUUGCCUGAGAGUAGGACUUCCUCCCGUAACCCGGCUCCGGCGGGCAGCUGUGCGGGGCCAUGAGAGACCGCUGCUCCAGCCUGUGACCUGUACCCGGGAUCCACCUGCAGCCGGAGAGCCGCAUUGUGAUGAAAACAGAAGAAUUUCAGUGCCAACUGAGUCGCUAUGGCAGAUCCUUUCCAGUGGGUACGUUACAGAUGGCAGCGUUUUAUGUCUGGAGAUAGCAGGAACAGAGACCUAGAAGAUUCCUCAACAUCAAGGAAGUUACUGGGAUUUAAUAAAAGUAAUGGCACCUCAUCAAAUUCUACCAAACACAGGGUUGUUAUCCCAUGCUUGGGCCAGUUUAAGGAAGAGUAUGAGAAGUUAACCAAAGCCUACAAGAACAAUCGAAUACAGACUACCAAAUACACUCUGCUUAACUUCAUUCCGAGAAACUUAUUUGAGCAGUUUCAUAGAGCGGCCAACCUGUACUUCCUCUUCUUGGUCUUUCUCAAUUGGGUACCACUGGUGGAAGCCUUCCAAAAGGAGAUAACCAUGUUACCACUUGUAGCGGUCUUGACAAUUAUUGCCAUCAAAGAUGGCCUUGAAGAUUAUAGAAAAUACAAACUGGAUAAGGUCAUCAAUAACAUAGUAACACAAGUUUAUUGUAGGAAAGAGAAGAAAUAUAAGGAGAGUUGUUGGAAAGAUGUGAAUGUGGGCCAUUUUAUCCGUCUUCAGUGUGAUGAGAUUAUUCCUGCCGACAUGGUUCUGUUGCAUUCUUCUGACCCUGAUGGUAUCUGCCAUAUUGAGACUUCCAGUCUGGAUGGGGAAACAAACUUGAAACAGAGACAAGUGGUGAAAGGGUAUUCCAUGGAUGAUGAGUUUGAUCCUGAAAAAUUUUCUGGCAGAAUUCAGUGUGAAAAUCCAACCAGCGACAUUAGCAGCUUUAAGGGAUUUCUUGAUCAUCCAAACAAAGAAAAAAUCGGGCUGAGUAAGCAGAAUCUGCUCUUGCGGGGAUGCAUUGUCCGGAAUACAGAGGCUGUAGUUGGAAUCGUUGUAUAUGCAGGCCAUGAGACUAAAGCCAUGCUGAACAAUAGCGGGCCUCGCUAUAAGCGCAGCAGGCUGGAAAGGCGACUGAAUACUGACAUACUGUGGUCUGUGCUGCUGUUGAUAGCCAUGUGUUUGUUUGGAGCCAUCGGCCAUGGACUCUGGUUGGCUGGGUUUCCUGAAUCACCUAUAUUUAGCAUUCCAGAACCUGGCGGACAGCACACAUCUCCAGCUCUGGCAGGCUUUUAUAUGUUUUGGACAAUGAUUAUACUGCUGCAGGUUCUCAUACCCAUUUCGCUCUAUGUCUCUAUUGAGAUUGUUAAACUGGGCCAGAUCUAUUUUAUCCAGAAUGACUCUGAAUUCUACUGUGAGAAAUCUGACUCUAUGAUAGAGUGCAGGGCACUGAAUAUUGCAGAAGACCUUGGGCAAGUCCAAUACAUUUUUUCUGACAAAACGGGCACACUUACUGAAAACAAAAUGGUGUUUCGAAGAUGCAGCAUCGCUGGGAUGGAGUAUUCCCAUGAAGCCAAUGCCAGGAGACUGGAGUCCUAUCAAGAAUCUGACAUGCAUGGGAGUAAUUUAUGCCAUGUUACAUGUAUCUCCCAAAGCAGUGUGUGUAAGAGCAAAGAACAAAGAAAAGCUGCGAGUAACAAGUCCUUGAACAAUUUUGCCCAGGGAGAAGAUAAUGACGGAGCCAGCCAUCCCCCUAACCCCAGACAUGUGGCUUUCAGCAGCCCUAUGGAAAAGGAUGUUGUGCCAGACCCACGUCUCUUGAGUAAAUUUGACCAGAUCAACCCUAAAUCUUUAUAUAUGUCUGAAGAAGCUGAAGAUACGGCAUUGGAAACAUCUUACAUUGUUGAUUUCUUUCUUGCUUUGGCAAUCUGUAAUACCGUAGUGGUGUCUCUGCCCAAUCAGCCUCGCCAAAAGGUAAGAAUGCCAUCCAUGGUCCGAACACCAAUGAAAUCCUUGGAAGAGAUUAAGCAGAUGUUUCAGAGGUUCUCUGUCCGUAAACUGAGUGCCAGUUCAUUUACAAGUGGAAAAGAUUGCCCAUCAGAAAAUGGCAGUAACUUUGGGAGCAAACUAUCUUUUUUUACCAGAGGGAAGCUGGCUUCACCUACUGCUGAAUUAGCUGACAAAAGUAUUAAUGAUCUGCAGGCUGCAGGUAGCCUGAAUUCAACUGCCGAACUGGAGCCAGAGGUUCUAGAGCAAUCGAACUUUGUAACUGCUUGCGAUGAACUUGACAAAGCAGCUGCCUGUGAGCUGUGCUACGAGGCAGAAUCUCCUGAUGAGGCGGCGCUUGUCCAUGCUGCCAGAGCUUACAAUUGCACGCUACAGUCUCGAACCCCUGAUCAGGUCACAGUGGAGCUGGGCUUUAUUGGACCUCUAACAUUUCAAGUUUUGCACAUUUUACCCUUUGACUCUGUGAGGAAAAGAAUGUCUGUUAUAAUUCGCCAUCCUUUGACCAAUAAGGUGGUGGUGUACACAAAAGGAGCAGACUCUGCUAUAAUGGAUUUGAUAGCAAUGACAUCUGAAGAUAAUAAAGCAGCAAUGGUGAAGAAAAAUAUCCAAAUGCUAACACAAAAACAUUUAGAUGAUUAUGCCAAAGGAGGACUUCGCACUUUAUGUAUUGCUAAAAAGGUGAUGACCGAUUCUGAAUAUGCAGAAUGGCUGCAGUCACAUUUUUUGGCAGAAACCAGUAUUGAUAAUCGGGAAGAGAUGCUGUAUGAGUCUGCAGUAAGACUGGAGACUAAACUAACCCUGCUUGGUGCCACAGGAAUAGAAGAUCGCCUGCAGGAAGGUGUCCCCGAUACCAUAGAGUCAUUACGAAAAGCAGGAAUAAAUAUCUGGAUGCUUACAGGAGAUAAGGAAGAAACUGCAGUGAACAUAGCCUAUGCCUGCAGGCUGCUUGAGCACAGCGACAAGUUAUUUAACCUUAGCAAACAUGAAAAGGAAUCCUGUGAGACUUUGAUGAACAUCAUGAUAGAUGAAAUUGACUCCCUGGGGAAGCCAAAUGCAUUUUCCAGUGGCCAGCAGGAUAAGUCGGGGCUGCACUUUGGCUUGGUGAUUGAUGGGGGGACCCUGGAGAUUGCUAUGCAUGAAAGCCUACAGAGUAAAUUUCUCCAGCUCACCGAGAGAUGCCGGGCUGUUAUCUGCUGUAGAGCGACACCUCUGCAAAAGAGCAAGGUGGUUAAACUGGUCCGGAAUAACCUGCAAGUGAUGGCCCUGGCUAUUGGUGACGGCGCCAAUGAUGUUAGCAUGAUUCAGGUGGCAGACAUCGGCGUGGGCAUAUCUGGGCAAGAAGGCAUGCAGGCAGUGAUGUCAAGUGAUUUUGCGGUCUCUCAUUUCAAACACCUGCGAAAGCUGCUCCUGGUUCAUGGGCACUGGUGUUACACACGGCUGGCCAACAUGAUCCUUUACUUCUUCUACAAGAACUUGAUGUUUGUGAAUCUCUUGUUCUGGUACCAGUUUUUCUGUGGUUUCUCUGGAACAGCAAUGACAGAUUUUUGGAUGCUAAUAUUGUUCAACCUGCUCUUCACUUCAGUGCCACCGAUUAUAUAUGGUAUUCUUGAUAAAGACGUUUCUGCGGAGACCCUUACAGCACUGCCAGAGCUGUAUAAAUCUGGGCAAACAUCACAGGCUUAUCGCUCAUCGACAUUUUGGGUUACCAUUCUGGAUGCAUUUUACCAAAGCUUGGCAUGCUUCUUCAUUCCAUACUUUGCUUACAUCGGCUCUGAUUUGGGCAUCUAUUCCUUUGGCAACUUCCUGAUAACUUCAGCACUUUUUGUGGUCCUAUUACACCUCCUAAUUGAGAGUAAAAGCUUGACAUGGAUUCACUGGAUAGUGAUGGGCGCCAGCAUAGCAGCCUACUUUGCCUUUUCACUGGCAUUCGGAGCAGUUUGUAUCAAUUGCAACCCGCCUGCUAACCCAUAUUGGAUUGUGCAGAACCAUGUCAGGGAUCCUGCCUUCUAUCUUGUUUGUCUUUUAUCCAUUUUUAUUGCAUUACUUCCAAGGUAUGUAUGCAGGAUAUUUCAAGGAACAGUCUUUCCAACACCACAGCUGCUAGCCAAAAAGCUGGACGUCAUGUCACCAGAGGAACGCUCCCGUGCCCUUAAGCGUUGGAGGGGGGGACAGUCACUUAAGGGCAGAAAAGCUUCACAGCACCUAGAGCCAGCAGGAGGCAGUGUAACUACUAAAGAAGAAGCUACUUGCAUGCUCCCCGGAAAACAAGCAUCCUUCUCUCCGGAAUAUGUUGAAGUGUGAGAGCAACAAACUAUUAAUGCUGGCCAGACAAAUGGGCAGGGUUAUCACAGCACCAGUACCAUCUCCCUGCUCACUUUCUGUUUCCAGGAGUUCAGGAACUAUAUAAAAUAACUGAUGCAGUUGGUGGGGGGGGGGGUUAUAGAAUAACAAAUGCCAUUUAGCUUAGUCUGUUUUACAGGCAAGUGCUAUUUGGUACCAGGGCAGUCACUGCAUUUUAUACAGGUCCAUAUUUUACUGUGACCAGUGCUGCUCGUUAUUCAGUGUUUAAGAGGCUUUAGAGACAUGUAGCCCAAACCCAGUGCAGGUCAUUAGGAUUUUGUUUCUGUUUUUAGGAAUCUAGUUAUUUCUAUACAAGUGUUUUUGCCUUUUUAAUUCUUCAAAAACUUUGCAGUGUUAAUUACUCUCCGGAGGAUUUUUACCUGCUGAUUAACAGUAUUAGCUCUUUUUUUUUUUUUUUUUUUUUUUUAAUUACUGCAAAAGUUGGACACUAUGCUACUUCCAACAAGAUUUUUAUGGCCCCAGACUUUGCAAAAAAAAGAAGCCAUAGAAUCCUUUUUGUACAACAAGACUUAAAUGCAGUUCAGGAAAUGAUUCUGUAACAUAUCCAAUAUUACUACAUGGACUAAGAUGCACGCGAAGAUACAGCAGCCUGGGAUAAAUGAAUUAAUCUCUGCAUUUUUUAAAUUUUUUUUAUUUUUAUUUAUUUAUUUUUUUUUUAAAUCUUAAGGUGACAAGUACCUGUUGUCAUCCCAGCUCUGUCCCUUGGGGCUCAUCCAAUACUGUCAAUCACAAUACAGGGAGUUUCAGUGUCUAACCAUCUGCCAGUAAGCCCAUGAGACUGCGGGGAGGCCUAGAGGGAUGUAUAAAAUGAAUUUGAUUGCAUCCGGUUUUUUUAAUUGCAUAGCAAAGGGUUUUUGCACUACAGUUUACCAGAGGAGUUACAAUCACAAGUUGGCAAGCCAUCACAAGUUUAUCCCUCUUCCUAUAAUAAGCUUUCAGUUUAAUAAGACUGAAUGGAGUUAAGGGAUCUAUUCCCUAAAUGGCACCCGUCAUUGGUUGGUUUUGCUAUGAGAGAAUACAGCUAUUAAAACCUCCCCCAGACAUAGAAGUUGCUGUCUUUCACUGUUUUUGUUUUUCCUGCUGCAAGCAAGGCGCUAAUGCUGCAAGUCCCGCACUGAUAACAGGAGAGGGUGGUUAUAUUAAGUGAUAAUUGUUAUGCAAAGGUGUCGGCUAGUUAUCGCCUCCGACUUACAGGGGACAUGGAAGCAGUUCAGCCAGAUUGCUAAACAUUACAAGGUCACACCUUUAGGCUUUGAGGCAAAGGCAGGUCAAUAUAAAUUCAAAGCAGGUCCUCUAUUACAUCCCCCUUUCAAACAUUUUACCACCUUAGCAUUCAUUUAUUGCUUUUAUGAGCAGCAUCAGACUUUGGUGUCCAGGGGCCGUUACCUCAGAGCCCCCGAGCCAAGGCUGCAGCAAACAGAGUACCCCAGUCCCAGACAGGUAGAAGGCUUGGGCAGCAGAGCCCACCAUGUUUUCUUCUUCUAGUACCCUUUCAGCCUAGCCCAGCUCUGUUUGAGUAGGAUGGAUCAUUGAUCUGUGUUUGGCACUAUAAUUUCCCUGCGGUCUCUGUAGUGGGAACACUGGAAGACAAGUAUUUGCCAGGGUUUAAAAAAACUCACUUGUCAACAAAAGUGCUCAGAUUCUAAUGAUUAAGCUAAGGAACUGCCCUCUGAGACCACUUGGGAGCAAACUAGAAGCACUGUACUGGCCUGUAUUCCAACAGCUCCUUAGCAAUUGUUAAAAGCUUGGGUGGGUUUUCAUGGCUGUGUCCUCUCCAUCGUGUAUCCACAUUUAAACACACUAUAGGGGUAAUGUAAUAACAGGUGCAAAGUUUGCUAUUGGUCUAGCAACUCAUAGUUGCCAACCAGCCAGUAGUAUUUACUGGCUGGAUGUCUAAAAUCAAGAAUGAAUGGUUGCUAUGGGUUACAAGACCUGGGCAUACUUUGUGUCUUUUUUACAUUAUACUUUUCAGGUUAAUUAAAAAUACAUUGGCCAAACUGUAUUUGUGUUUGAUCUACUUACUGCAAUUUAACUUUCAAUCUAAACAUUUCCUUAUGUAUAGUGCCAAUGAUUAUAGGAACUUUAUUGCCAGUGUCGUACCUCCUACUGCAAAAACCAGUUAUUUCAAUGAAGAAUAACAAGCAAAAUCCAGGUGAAAACUGUAUUGCCAACAGCCCUGAGCUCAUACUAUAUCAGCAGUUGAUCAUUUAGGGAAUAAUGUUCCCCUCUCUAUUGUAAAAUACAAGGGCUUAUGCUUAUAUACAGGUCAUGAAACACUGGGGGGACUUCUAAUCUCAUAUUAGAAUCUCAAGAACAGGUGAUACUUUUUUUUUUUUUUUAAUACCUAAGUGUCAUGUGACAUCACUGAGCACUGAUUCUAACUUCCAUAAUCAAAUGGUAUCUAUAGAUUUUUCUAUAUACUUUACCAAACCAGAACUUAUUUCAUUGAAAUACCCGGUAAUCACUUUUUCUUUAAAUUACAUAUUUUUCCUUUUAGAAAGUGACCUUACUGGCGCCGAUUUAUUUAAAUGGAGAUAUCCCUACUAUAACUAGCAUAACUAGUGGGUGCUAGUAGGAAAAUAACAUACUACAUUCUCAGGGCUUUCAGCAAAAUAAUACUCAAUAUUUUUGGAUUGACACCUCAGUGUCCAGGGAUUAUAGAUAAUGUUUCCUUACUGUAUGUUGUGAUUCUUUUCUUUACUAAUACUUUAUUGCCGCAUAGUAAACUCCCCCGGGACACAAUUCCACUGUCUUUUUAAGAUUAGUUUUCGGUUUUAUCAGAAUUCUGUAGUUAGAUAUACUGCACUUAUGACCCCCCCCCGGGCAUGGCAAAGGCAUUUCAAGGUGCAGAGCUGUUCUAAUGAAAUGUAUUUGACUCUCACACUCCGUAUCCUCAUACUGUACUGUAAGCAAUCGCAUUGUCUGAGCGUGGCCUCACAUUCUGGUAAUGUAUGGGUGUGUGCGACUAGUGACGUGUAUGGCAAACAGUGUUUCCAGUGCCACCCAAACUCCUAGGAAAAAUGCACCUUACCUUUUUAAGCAAGUUGUGUUGUUUUUAUAAAGAAAUCUUUUUUUAUACUCAUUCUGUUUAUAUGUUCACAUUUAAGUGCUUGUAUGCAUAAUAUUUAUUACUGAGAAAUCCAAAUAAAUUAGUUUGCUGUAUA